CGCGCCGCUCGCGCAGUCGCUCCCGCUCGGGCGCACCGCCCGCGCCCAAGAAGAAGAUGGGCUCGAGUUCGCGUGGCGUGAGCCGCAGCUUCCUGGAGAAGCUGGCGGGUUAUUCCUUCGAGAAGCCGGGGGAGUCAAAACCGCCCGUCAGCCGCAGCCCCAGCCGCAGCUCGAGUCGCUCGCCUUCGCCCAAGAAGAAGUCGCGCGCUCGCUCCAAGUCACCGGCCAGCUCAGCAUCGUCGCGCUCAGCCAGCCCGGCGCCGGCGCGGCCGAGGCGCUCGCGCUCCGAGAGCCCGGAGACCCUGCGGCGUGCCAUCUUGGCGCGCAUGGCCAGCCGCGAGGCCGAUAAGAAGCAGGCUCGGUCGGCGGGCGGCGGCCGCUCGCCGUCCGGCUCCGACUGAGGGUACGUGAGCCGCCCCACCGCCGCGCCUGUACAUAGACAUCCCAGCCGACUAGCGGCGCUGCAGUUCGGCCGCUCAUCAAGUUCAUGUGCCCGGCUGGACGGCCGCAUGGCUGCAGGGGUGAAAGUGUGAAUGGGGAGACGGGCCGUUCCGGAGAAGGGACGCACCCUGUGGGAAUGUGCUGGGUCCUUAAUUGCGCGGCCGUUGAAGUAACCGGCGGUUGACGCAUCCAACGUUCGUGGGCGAGGCAUUCACAGUCCCGGUUGAACUGUUCUCACUGUAGAUGUCUGUCGUCGUGGGCCGCUCUGGUCAGGCGAACGACCCCUCUGCGUGUAACGUACGAGACCUCCCCGUGUAGCUGUUCGUAAACGCGUUGUCAGCAUUUGUAGGUCAAGGCAGACAUGCAGCUGACCUUCCGAUACUAUUAUGUAGGCUGACGUGGUGUAUUGUGUUGUUUGAGGUACUCAAUACACCAUCAGAUAUCA